AGAGAGGAACAGACAGGGGAGGGUUGGGGAGAAAAGAGAUGACAAGUUUAGUUCUGAUACAGUAACAGGCAGCACUUGGCUGGGGCAGAUGAGGUAACUUGUGCAGGAGUAAAUACCCCCAGGAGCCAAACAGAAACCCACAUACCGGGGGAGAGAGAAGUUCUGGAAGAGAAGAUUCUGACACGAUGCUAAUAAGCCCCACACCGGCUGCUUUAGUCCCCAGUGAGCAGUAAGUACCCGGCACCUACCCCUGGCGCUGAGCAGGUAGUAACCAGUCUCUAUCCCAUACACUCAAACCAUCAAACUGCCAACCAGCCCACCACCUACCUACCUGAGUAGGACCUUCUCCUGAAAACCUGCCGCUAAUUCCAUCCUUGCAGAUAACUGGAGGACCCCCAUCUGUACCUGCAGAUAGCUGGAGGAGCCCCAUCAGUACCUGCAGAUAGCUGGAGGAGCCCCCAUCUGUACCUGCAGAUAGCUGGAGGACCCCCAUCUGUACCUGCAGAUAGCUGGAGGAGCCCCAUCAGUACCUACAGAUAGCUGGAGGAGCCCCAUCAGUCCCUGUCUAUACCCCCAUUUGACAGACAGACGGGACCAAUGCAGAAGACCAUGGAGAACUCCCAGAAGUUCAGGAUAGAUGCCCUACUGGCAGAAGAGCGGCCCCGCUUGUUGCCCCAGGAAUGCAGGGAGCAGCUUCUGUCCCAGCCGGUGUCUGUCUCCCAGCUGUUCCCCAAGGCUGGCUUCCUGCCCCUGCCAGGGCUCUACCCUACUGCUCCUAUAUACCAUUUGCCUUCCCUGGGGGCUACUCAUCCAAACUACCCCUACUCCAGCUUCUCCGCACCCCCUGCGUCGGGACAUGAGCACAUCAAGGCUUCUCUGCCCCUGGAACACUGGCUGAGGGCUGGGCUCCUUCUGCACCGGGGACCGGACCUGCACGCCUCUGCCCAGCCUGGACUAAUGGGAAAAUGCCGUCGGCCCCGGACAGCUUUUACCAGUCAGCAGCUCCUUGAGCUUGAGAACCAGUUUAAAGCCAACAAGUACCUCUCGAGACCCAAGCGCUUUGAGGUGGCCACAUCUCUCAUGCUGACAGAGACACAGGUAAAGAUCUGGUUUCAGAACCGCAGGAUGAAAUGGAAAAGAAGUCGCAAAGCCAAGGAGCAGGGACCAUCAGAGCAGGGGGACAGGCCAAGAGCAGGAGGAAAGACACUAAGCAAAGAGGAUGAAGAAGAGGAGGAAGAUGAGGAAGGAGACUUUCAGCAGGAAGGCAGGGGCACAGACAUGCUUAGGCACGGCACACAGCUCAGUUACAGCCCAGAGUUCCUGUGCUCCGAGGAAGAGGAAAACGCCACGGUGCCUUCUCCAUGAGAAUGGAACGUGGGACUGGGACUCCACUGCCCACUUUAUUUAUUUAUCACAGACGUUAUUUACCAUCCCAGUUUGGGACCAGAGACAUAACUUGCCUAUUUAAUUUAUAUGUAUUUAACUAUUAGUUAUCUAAAUGGGGCUAUGGACUGGGUGGGGAGAAAUAUGGGACCAUCAACCUGAAUCUGGGGUAAAGGAACUUUAUUGCCUGCAGGCAAUUCCAUAAGAUAUUUAUACAGCACUUGGACAAUGGGGAGGAACAUUGCACUGCAUUGUCUAACACUGAAACUGCCAGAAUACCUCCAGUGGGCUGUAGUGCUGAACAGCUGGAGGGCUGCAAGUCAUGAACCCAAUGGUGCCAAAUCCAGCCCACUGCAUUAGGAUCAUGCUGCCUUCCCUGUACAUACUGGGCCCCUAUGUGUCAGAGUAGGGCUCCCUGCUUUUCCGAUAUUUAGCACUGUUUAAUACACAUCAAGGGGCCCAAAUGUACAAUAUUUUUUUUUUAUUAUCCCCGAGGGCCAGAUUUGUUUCUGAAGGCAACUUUGUGCCUAAUCCAAAAUGGGUUCUAUGUUGCUCAAGCAGUUAAACAGCAACGUGGGCAGCAUUUUCUCCUGUCAACUAACCCAUAACUGCCAGCAGCAAGCAACAACUGUUGAACGGUUGUCAUGGGUUACAGGACCAGGGUCACUCCCAUAUAGCACAGUGCCCUACUAGAAAGUUUGCUAUAAAGGGAGCAAAUAUUAUUUUAGUAGUAUUUAUCUUUUAUUUAAUUUCCUUAAUGGAUGUGGAUACUGCCAGGGACAGCUGGACUACAAGACUGUUGGGGCUUCUGGGGUUUGUAGUUAAACAACUGUUGAGGGUCACAUUUUGACGUCACUUAAUUACAUAUUUAUUCCCCCUUGAAUUAAAGCCCCAGUUGUGCUUGCAGACCCACAUUUUCAUCCCUGGCCCUGGGUGUAGCUUACUGUGUGCAGAACAUUCCUUCCCUGUACGUUUGCUCCUAUAAGUAUAUUGGGAUCCCUGGCAUAUUCCUUGAAUCAUUUAUUCUACUAUAUUCUGCAUUUGACCAAAUUAAUUCCUGAAGUACCUGGAAAAUUGAAAUAUUUAUGAGACAAAUUUGGAGGAGAAUAACCACAAGGGCCUGUAGAUCAAAUCAGCCUGAAACGCAAGAGCUACAGUGAUGUCAUCAGUGUUGAAUGACAUCACUCGUGUCACAUGAAUCUUGUGUAUGACAUAAAUAGCGGACUUCCAUGACUUUAAUAUGGCCGCUGAACUCUGUGGUUAGUUACUUUUAAUCUAUAAUUUACAAUAAGGUACAUUAUUCCCUAUACAAUAAUGCACACAUGCUUACAGCGAAGCCAUGUUAUGGGCACACAGUAAGCUUGUGGAGUAUUUGAAACGGUUUUGUUCUUUAUGAAUAAGAGACAUUUUCCCUUUAAACAAAGCUUGGAAGGAUGAGUGUCAAGCAGAGGAGAAGGAGGAUAGAUGGACGCCAAGGAUCUAAAUUGUGCACCUCAGUGUGCAGUGACAGCUUUAAUUUGCAAAGUACAAGCAUUAAAGUGAUGGAUGGAGUGCUGUAAUUCCAGCAGAGAGUGUGGGGCUGCCAUUGCUAUUGCUCAAGCCUUGCAGUAACUGCUUAUUAUUUAUGGCUCUUCUUGGGGGGAUACGGGCACGGGGCCCAGUUUUGGAGCUCGCCUUUUGCUGGCUGAUUUAUGGCACCCUUGGUGAAUGACUCACUGUGUAUACACAGACUGAUCUCAUUAGAGCUUCAUUAAUCCCACUUAUCCCUGGGACUUUACACUCUUCCUCCUUUCCCUUUAUAAAAUGCACCUGCCCGUCGGAAUGCACUGACUUUCGCCAGCUGGAGAAGGGAAGGGUUAAAGGGUAUGAACGCUAAACCAGGUCAACUAUUAUUUAAUAGAAAUUUAUUAGCAGCCUGGAUCUACGAAGUCCGGACUGCCAGGUAUAUGUCUAGUGCAAGCUCUUAGGCAGGGGGAAAAUAAUGCAUCUAGAAGCUUUGAAAGGGACCCUAUGUUUGUGCCGGAAUUUCCACUGUCGACUGCAAGCUCUCAAGGUUCAUGGCUGUGGUCUCCAACCGAGAAAGUAAAGCAAAACUCUGAGCAAAAGAAUAAAAAUUCAGUUGCCCACUUGCCGGAAUACACAGAGUAAGUCCAGACUCAUGCCUACUUGGCUAAAUACACGAGUGAGAGAAAGUUAUGUGCCCCCUCGCCAGAAUACAUCAUUGUCUGUACUGAGAUAUCUAAUCUUUCUUUAUGUCUGCAUCAUUUGCUUUGUGCAGUGCUGUGUUUGGGAAGAGCAUUAUGGGACAUACGUAAAAGCAAAGGCAUUAGAGUUUAUUAUAAUAAAUAUGGUAUUUAUAAUGAA